AUUUGUGUUUUCCCUCCAAAAACCAAAAUGGAGAAGUGAAGCAUUGGCAAGUAUUGUUGAAAUGAAGCAUGAAGGUAGCAAGUAGAUUUUAAGACAAGAGAAUGGAGGCACUUUAUUCACCAAGAGCACAAAAGGAUGAUCAAGGAAGUGGCUAUGUAGGCUUUUUGCAGGACCAAGUCAGACGACUCAAUGUGGUCUUGAAAGAGUAUCAAAGAAGGUACCCUCCAAUAAAAGAACCAACAUAUGAGGAUAAUGAUUCGCUACCUCCUUGGCUGGAAGACCCAAGUAUUAUCUCACCACUGUUGCUUGAGUAUGAUGGUAACAUAAAAGCAUUGAAAGACCAAGUUCAAUUCUACAAGAAAGAACAGGAUGCACUAAAGGAAAAGACUGAUAAGAUUGUAGAGGAAAACAACCGACUUCAUGAAGAAUUAAGAAGAAGCAUCGAAAACCAGCUUGAGGCACUGCAGCAAGUUGAGGGCAUGUCUGGAGUCAACCAAGAUGUCAUUGAAAAUAUGCAGCAUCAGUUAAAAACUAUAAGUCUAGAAAAGGAUAACUUUAAAAAUCUUUGGGAGAAAGUAACAAGAGAACUCAACAACUUGCAAGACAAUAUAAGGGAUAAGUCACAAGAGAUUGCUAUGAAAAAUGCUGACAUUGGAGCUUUGCAGGAUGAUUUAAGAAAGGCAAGAAAAUAUGCAGAAGACCUCCAAAGAGACAAGCAUAAGAUCAAAAUUGAACAAGAGCAAUUUUUGCAAACAGCUGAAACCCAAGAUAAAGAAAUAGAUGUUAUUAGAGCUGAACUACGGCGCUCGAAGACAGAAUUGAAGACUUUCAAACUCAGAAAUGAAGAGCUAACCAAGCACCUAGACAACUUAAAAUCGCAAAUGAAGCUACUAGACAAGGAUACCCAGAAGGCGAUUGGGUUCGAGAAAACAUCAGAAAGUACCAUUCGACAGUUGCAAAAUGCCAUUGUAGAACUAGAGUCUCGUUGCAGUGCAAUGUUGAAAGAAAUUGGCAAGCUAAGGGGCGAAAAAGGAGACUUGGAGGAGAGCAUUUUAUCCUUGCAAAAGAAGAAUGCUGAACUUGAAGAUAGAGAGUACCAAGCCACCCUUCAUGUUCGUGACAGCGUCCAGCUGGUGGAAAAUGCUCUCCUUGAGAAAGAGCAGGCAUCCAUCAAAGAACAGCAGCUUGCUCAAGAGGUCGCCCGACUUCAGGAAUCAAUGAACAAUUUAGUAAAAGAUGCGGAAAAGAAGAAAAGAACAGAGCUUGAAAAUCAGAGAGGCCAGCACAAUAGACAAACCCAGCGGUUAAUGGAAGAAAUCCACUAUCUUGAGAUGGAAGGAGCAGAGAAACAAGCCCAGCUAGAAAGAGCCCUUCGAGAAAAGACGGCUGUUGAAAGGGAGCUUGAGAAGAUGUACAAUGAUGGCCCUUCGGAGGCAUCAAGAGCCGGACAGAGUAUCGAAGAGCUGCAGAAAAGAUUAUCCAGAAUUGAGGUAUCGAGAGACGAUGCUUUCCAACAAGCAGAUCUAUUGCAAACAUCAUUAAAAAGAUCAGAGCUGCAGGCAGAAAAUGAAAAGAACUUCCUAAAAUCUCAAAUUGCUGAAUCGAAAAAGCGCAUCAAAACGUUAGAAGAAGAAGUUGAAACAACGUGUAAAUCAAAGUUGCAAUUGCUUGAUGAAAUCGAUCAACUGAAGAGGGGGGCGUUGCUGUCCAAAAAACAAAAGGAAAAUUCUGACGUAAAAAGUGCUGCAGAAAUUUCUUCUUUGAAACAAAAACUCGAAAUCCAAGCUAAAGAUUUUGAGUCAAGAAUGAAAGCAACGGAGAGCAUUAAUCGCCAGACUGUUGAUGAAUUACGAGAAAUGUUUACAGCACAACAAAGGGUUGGGAACAAAUGGCGGGAUGAAUCCAAGUUCAUGUCACAGAAAUUUGAAUCAAACGUCAACGAACUUAGACAAGAAACAUCAAGACUGCAGCGUAAGAGUGAUGACACGUCAAAAAGGCUUGCUGUCGAACAGCAAAAAUCUGAGCAAAUGGAGAAAGACCUAAUGGCAACACGUGCAUCCGUAGAAAAACUGCAGAGAAUAGCGGCUGAUGCAGAGGCGAGAGCAGAUGCUGCCAGCACCCAGGUCCACACUCUUUUGAGCCGUGAGAGACAGUUGCUGCAAGAACGAAAGGAGCUUAACCGUAAAAUUGACGAACUUGAGCUGGAAAUAUCAAGACCAUCAAGACAGAAGCCAAUGAAUCAUUGGAACUUUCUUGGAAAUGAAACCCCGGAUAAAUACGACCACCGCGCUACUCCUAAUGGCUACUAGCAUUGAAAGGCCAGUAUAGUACGCAUUCAAUGGCAAGAUGUCUCCAUAACAAUCAUCAACUGACUUUUUUAACUACCCAUGUAUCCGUUCGUCUAAAAAAUUACACCUUUGAAAAAUUUUAACCUUUCUAGUAUUUAAAUGAUGCAUAUUUCAUCUUAUCAAAAGUUGUUUAUAUUUUUAAAGGCAAAGAUUAUUUACGUUUUGAAACUGUGUUUGAUUUUUUUCUGGACUGCAGCCUGUAAGGUGAAAGGAAAAUAAAGCUGCAACGCAAGGUUUAAGUCAUUCUAUCUUCAUUCUAUUGCCCAGACUCAAGAAUCGUGGUCAUCCUUCUUCUAGCGAAUGACCUAAGACUUACAAUACCUUCCUAAAACAAAAAUAUGAGGCCGCUUUUUUGAACUCUGCUUAAGCCAAUCGUAUCAGACAGAGUUGUUAAAUGUACUUGUUUUCCAGUCUCGCGUGUUCAUCUUCCAUCCCAUUGAUCUUCUUUUGAAGAGGGGUGUGAACCUCAGAACACGACCAGAGUUACCUCGGCUAGAAUACUCAUUUUGACUAAAUUUGCUGUUCAUGUGAAAACAGUCGUUUUUAUAUUGCAAUUCUAUCUGGAUUAGGGGUUAGGUAUGGUGAAGUCAAAUGGAAUGAAAAGCCAUUACUGUGUAAGCAAACCGUUCGUGCCAUAUUGAACGAUUGUGUUUUAUUGCAAAUGCUACUUAUUGAAUGAACUCUCUUCUUAAAAUAUACCAGUGUCGCUGAUUAAAAAAUAAUUGAGCAAUGGCCAUGAAUCAGCUCAAGAAAUUUCUUCGGAAUAGUUUCUUCAAAUCUAUUGCGUCCUUCAAACGGUCACUUUUGCUGUAAUUUUGAUGCUUUGUUUGUUGCGGCGGCACUUGACUGCUGCAAGAAAUUAUGCUACUGCGUAUUCAUUAAAAUGUUUCUGGCCAGAAAGCUAUCUCAAUAUUCUUUGCUUGGGCUGCACACUCAGGCAGGUAUAUUGGAUUACUCAAUUUCAACUUACUAACAAUAAACCAGGUGUGAUGUAACUUUAUGUGCAACUCGAAAUAUGUUUUAGACUAAUACAUUGAAUAAAUUUGCGAGCCACCGCUGGGCUAAGUAUAAGUCUAAGUAUAGAAAACCCUUUGUUAGAACACCAAGG